GGUUUUCCAGCUCAGCCUUUUACUUUGUGGUCCUCCUCCUUCAAUGUCCACACUGGGAUCUGCACCACAGCCGAGGCAGCCUCUAGACCAGGCCCACAUCAUGUCAGGUCACAGUGCAGCAUCUGGACUUCCUCAAGAGGCUGAGCAUGAUCCAGACCACAUGAGGACAACACACCCAAACCAUGGCCAGUCGCAGCAGGACAUCGCUGACAUGCUCCAGCAGAUCAUGAACAUCACAGAUGAGAGUCUGGAUGAGGCCCAGGCCAGGAAACAUGCUUUAAACUGCCACAGAAUGAAGCCUGCCCUCUUCAGUGUCCUGUGUGAAAUCAAAGACCAGACAGCCCUCAGGAUCCAAAGUGGUCAUAAGGAAGAUCCUCCAGACCCUCAGCUCAUGAGGCUGGACAACAUGCUGUUAGCAGAGGGGGUUGCAGGUCUGGAGAAAGGCGACGCAGCAGCAGCAGCAGCAGCUGAAGGGUCUCCAAAUGAUGGAAGUUUAGAGGAUGCAGACUACAGAGAGAAGCUCACACAGAUACGACAAAUCUACCACGCUGAACUGGAAAAAUACGAGCAGGCUUGCAAUGAGUUCACUGACCAUGUGAUGAACCUGUUGAGGGAACAGUCCCGCACACGGCCCAUUUCACCCAAAGAGAUCGAGUGCAUGGUGGCGAUCAUCCAGCGCAAAUUCAGUGACAUUCAGAAGCAGCUGAAGCAGAACACCUGUGAAACUGUCAUGAUCCUCCGCUCCCGCUUCCUGGAUGCCAGGCGAAAGCGCAGAAACUUCAGCAAGCAGGCGACAGAGAUUUUGAAUGAAUAUUUUUACUCCCACCUGGUAAACCCCUACCCCAGUGAGGAAGCCAAGGAGGAACUGGCCAAGAAGUGUUCCAUCACUGUUGCUCAGGUGGCCAACUGGUUCGGAAAUAAGAGGAUUCGUUAUAAGAAGAACAUUGUUAAGUUCCAGGAGGAGGCCAACCUGUAUUCUAUGAAAGCUGACAUGGAUGCUGCCAGUUACAGUCAAGACAACUCCCCAGCCACACCCAACUCAGGAGGAUACCCAGGUCAAUGUUACACUCCUGAUGUGAGGUUAAGUCCAGCCCAGAGCCACUCCGUUCCUCCACUGUCUCCAUGUGAGUUGUCACAGAGGCACACUGUUGCUACAGUUAUGCACUGUCCAAGUUGAUGAAGGGUUGCCAGACCCUCCCCAUCUCCCCCAUAACAGGAAGCGUCAACCCCAUCUCUUGUAGCUGAUGAGUUGCCUCAGCGUAUCCUGCAUGUUAUGUAUUUUUUAAGCCCAUUAAAUGUACUAAUGGGUUGACACCGCCAUCUUUUUUACUGUCUCGUGUCUCAUUUAUCAAAAAAUAACAUUAACAAUUAACAAGGGAACUUUUAAUGUACUGUUUCACUCAGAUGAAAAGUAUAUUAGCUGUGUCCAUAGAUGUAGUUUUUUUACACAUUGAGCUACAACUACUUUUCAUUUUUCUUUUUUUCUUUUACUUGUUCUUAAAGAAAUGUUGCCACAGAAAUAAUCAAAAUUUGAAUAAACACAUCACCUAUUACAGUUUUUGUAUCUUGUGAUGGUUCUAAAAAGAACUGUUUGCAUUUGUUUUUAUUGUCAGAUGAAAAUACACAAGUUAUUUACAUUUCUUUCCUCCAAACCAAAGUAUUUAAAAGGCUAUGUGAUAGGAUGUCCAGUUUCAGAUAGUAUAAUUUAUUAUUUUAAACCAUGUGAUUUUGACUUCUGGACAAUAAAACU